AUGGACGUGGAAAUGCAGAUGGAGGCUCAUGGACUGCCGACACAGUUCAGUUCAACCUCAGAUCAGCCCGAGGAGUCUCAUAUCGCGGACAACCUGGCUGCGUCGAUAUCAAAUUCGGAAGCGACGGUGAAUCCAAGUCCAUCCAAACAGCCUGCCGUGGAUGCGCCUCAAUCAGAUCCAGUAAAAGCAGUGCCAGAGGCGGUAUCCGAGGUAGUUCCCGAGGUAGCUCCUGAGGCAGUGCCUCCAGCUCCUUCUGAAGAAGCACCAGCACCAGCAGCACUGCCUGCCACAAAUGGGAUUACAGACCAUGACGGUGAACGUGUCCAGCAACAUAUCAUUGUUCCCGACUCUCAACCUCCACCUCCGCUUGGCAACCCUUCUGCGACACCCCCAAUAACAACAUCAUCGGUAUCUGACUCUAACCUGACCGAAUCUUUUAUCCCCUCUUCCAUCCCUACCGAAAUUCAGUCCUCGGCCACGCCGUUGGAGCCAAGUCAGUCAGCCAUGGGUGUUUCGGAGCCUCCAGCAGUUCUGCCGGAGGCACCGGUAUCUGAUCUUCGAACUGCGCCUCAUUCAGACGCGCUCACGCCUGAAGCUGUCGCCAAGGUCGAGGCCCAAAAACACGGUCUCGACAAUUCCGCCGAUCUAGCUGCUCCUCUCAAACCAGAAAUCGCCACCUCAUUCCCAACUGCGCCGGUCGUAGUUCCAGCCGCCACAAAUAUUGGCCUUCCUUCCCCACCUGCGCAAUCACCCCCUCCAGCACCACAGCCGGGGCCUGCUUCGUUGCCUGAACAGAAACCCUUGGGUCAACCGGCAGAGCAACCGCCAGGAUCCACAGAGCCAACUCCUACAGUUGCCGAGCCCAGCGAGGAGCCCGCGCCGACGGCACCUGUUCCUGCUCCCGCUGAAACGGAGGAUCAAGUAAUGGCAGAUGUGUCGGCUCAACCAGUCAAACAGGUCCAUGAGCGCGACGAAGAUACUGAAGAGACCGAACAUAUUGUCAAGCGCGUCAAGACAGACGAACCUCGGCCACAGACCGAAGAGCCACAUUUCAAAGUCCCGGAUGUACCUGCACCCGCCCUGUCGUCACCAGCUACGGCCAACGGUGUACCCGAGACGUCUACGGCGGUCACGGAAGACGGCGAUGAUUCUGUCACUCCAGCGCGCUUGGCUCAUAUGAAGAAGGUGAUCUCAAAUUUGAAGAAGAGUAAUGCCUCUGGUCCUUUUAGACUUCCCGUGGAUUAUGUCGGGCUCAAUAUCCCCACGUAUCCUGAGGUCAUUAAGCACCCCAUGGACCUGGGUACAAUUGAUCAGCGAUUGAAGCGCAACGAGUACACAUCGGUGGCUACAUUUGUGGCCGACUUUGAGCUAAUCGUGAAAAACUGCUUCACCUUUAACGGUCCCGACCAUGGUGUUUCACAGCAGGCCAGGAAGAUGAAGGCAUCGUUUGAUGGCCAGAUGAGGAAUCUACCAAAAGCCAGCAUCGAAGAACCGUCCAAAGAGGUAAAGAAAGCAGCAACAAAGAAGCAAGAGCCAACGAGAACAGCACCUCCGCGACGACCGUCUGUGAGCACAUCCACGACCAAUGUCGGCGCAGCUAGUUCCCCCAGCUCCGCCGCCCCCCCAACUCCCGCUUUUGCACCCAACCCAGAUGGUAUGCCUCUUAUUCGGCGUGACUCAAGCUUGACCGAUGGCCGACCAAAGAGAGCCAUUGUUCCAACCAAGCGCAAUUCGGAGUUUGGAGGCGGCAGACCCAGGAAGAAGAAGUAUGAGUUGCAAUUGAAAUUCUGCGAUGAAGUUCUGAAAGAACUCAUGAACAACAAACACUGGCAGGCAAAUCAAUACUUCAUGUAUCCUGUGGAUCCCGUGGCUUUGAACAUUCCGACGUAUUUCCAGAUUAUCAAGAAACCAAUGGACCUGUCAACGGUCAAGACCAAACUCCAAAAUAACGCGUAUGAGAAGGCCAAGGACUUUGAGGAGGAUGUUCGUCUGAUCUUCAAAAAUUGCUACAAAUUCAAUCCCGAAGGCGACUUGGUCAACUCUUCCGGCCAUCAGUUGGAAGAUUUGUUCAACAAGAAAUGGGCGAGCAAAGAUGACUGGCUUGCUGCACGGGAGCCGCCGUCGGUCACACAGUCCGAUGUGGACGAAGAUGAAGAGGAAGAAGAGGAAAGCGAAGAUGACGGCGAGGGCGAUAGUGAGGAGGAGCGGAACGAGAAGAUCAAAAAGCUGCAAGCCCAGAUUGAGGAGAUGUCGAAGCAGAUGGGUGAACUGACGCAGAAGAAGGUCAAGAAAUCCAAGUCACCUCCGACGAAGAAAAAGGACAAGUCGAAAGCCAAGAAGGAGAAACCGGAAGCCGCGGUCUCCAAGCCGGGCAAAGACAAGAAGGAAAAGAAGAAACCGCAGCCCAAGAAACAAGAGAAAGAUCGAUACGUCACGUUCGCCGAGAAGCAGUACAUCUCCAACGGCAUAGCGAUGCUGCCGGAGAAACAGAUGCAGGAAGCGUUGCGCAUCAUCCAGCAGAGCGUUCCAUCCUUGGCGAACAGCGAUCAGAACGAGAUUGAGCUGGAUAUCGAGGAAGUCCCCAACAGUGCACUUCUGAAGUUGCUCGGCUUCGUCAAGAAGUACGCCGGUCCGCCUCCAGAUGAGCCGAAAGUGGAACACACGGAAGCCUACCAUGCGCCUGCCCAUCACAAGAGCAAGAAGAGCAAGCCUAUGAGCAAGCACGAGCAGGAAGCUCAGAUUGAGGAGCUCAAGGGCAAAUUGGGAGCUUACGCGGGACCAAUUUCUCCGAAUGCUGUACCUUCGAUAGAGACGGGCGAUAGUAGCGACGAUGACAACUCGGAAGAGAGCGAGGAGGAGUAG